AUGGAGGUUGACUCGAAUUUUGGCCUGGAUGAGGACUCGCAGAGUUCACCAUCUAAUGACUCGUGGUCAGCAAAUGAGGAGAACAUAUAUGAAUAUGAUUUUGGGGCCCUUGAAAAUUAUUUUAACGGUGAUGACAGUCAAUCUAUGAAUGAAGACGACAAUGACUACGAGGACGGUCAAUCUAUGAAUGAAGACGACAAUGACUACGCUGAUGGACAAAACAGCAAUUCAGCUUAUCAAUUUGAGGGUGAGGGCCUUGGUGACCACGACGAUUAUGAUCUUCAUGAGACUGAGCUUGACUCCGGUGAAAGGUCGACAAGCGAUCUCGAUGGCGAAGAAAACAGCUCUAUUUGUGAUGAGGACGAAGGUUCGCCUGACACAGCUAACCCAGCUAACAAUACAGAUGAUGUAGCGGGGGUAAAUUAUAACGAAAUGCAUGGCAAAAUACCCGUCAAUCCUGUCAGAAUUGAUUCAAAGGAUGACUUUCUCCUUCUGGAUCUAAUGACCAUGAGACUGGAGGAAAUCAUGAGGUUUUCAUUUUUGAGCUUGGAGCUGGCGUUCGAGUUCUACUGUUGGUUUGGAAGAUUGUCCGGAUUCUCUAUUCGUAAAGACACCAAACGCUGGACCAAGAAAGGAGAGGUACGCCAACAAACUUUUGUGUGUCAUAGGGAAGGCUUUCGCAAGAACAGUGAUGUGAAGCGGACAGCUGAGGCUAGGAGUAAUUAUAGGUGUGGAUGCAAAGCUAAAUUACGGGUCCAUAUUCAGGGUUACUCAAAACGGUGGUACAUCAGCUUGUUUGUACACGCUCAUAACCACGACGUGCUCCAAAGAAGCCAUGCAGCAAUGUUGGCUGCACACCGGCAAAUGCACGAAGCGGAUAUCUUGAGUUUGAAAACUCAUUUGAGUUCGGGUCUAACAACAGCCGACGUCUACAAUUCACAUGCUGCACAGGUUGAGGGGUAUAACAACACGCAAUACAGCUUGAAAGAUCUGCAGAACCAAGUUGGGAAGCAACGACGAGCACAUGUUUCAGAUGGACGCAGGGCAUUAGAUUAUCUAGCCUCGUUAGGUAUCAAAGACCCAUCUAUGUUUGUGCGGCACACGGAGGACGUUGAUAAAAAUCUGGAACAUUUGUUUUGGUGUGACGGGAUAGGUCGGAUGAACUACAGCGUGUUUGGGGAUGUUUUAGCAUUCGAUGCCACAUAUAAAAAAAACAAAUAUCGGCGUCCCCUCGUCAUAUUUUCAUGUGUCAAUCACCAUAAUCAAACAACCGUUGUUGGUGGUGCUGUAAUUGGCAACGAGAAUGAAGAAACAUAUGUGUGGUUGCUAGAGCAGUUGUUGGAGGCAAUGGACAAGAAGAGUCCAACAGCAGUUAUCACAGAUGGAGAUAAGGCAAUGAAGAAUGCCAUUCGGAGGGUCUUUCCCAAUGCCACUCACCGACUCUGUGCGUGGCACUUGAUGUGUAAUGCAACCGAUAAUAUCAAAAUUCCUGACUUCCUCCCUAAGUUCAAGACUUGUAUGUUCGGUGAUUUUCAAAUAGGUGAUUUUAAAAGAAAGUGGGAAUCAUUGGUUGAAGAAUUUAAUUUACAUGAACAUCCGUGGAUUAUUGACAUGUAUGCCAGAAGACAUACUUGGGCUGCGGCCUACUUUCGUGGUAAGUUUUUUGCCGGGUUUAGGACUACAUCUCGGUGUGAAGGGUUCAACGCCCAACUUGGGAAGUUUGUCAAGAGAAGAUACAACUUGAAAGAGUUUCUACAGCACUUUCAUCGUUGUCUCGAAUACAUGCGACAUAGAGAAGUUGAAGCUGAUUUUCGUUCAGGCUAUGGAGACCCGGGUUUGAAAGCUCCACCCCUUUUUCAAAGUAUUGAGCUUUCAGCCUCACGUAUUUUGACCCGCCAAUUAUUCUUCCGAUUCCGUCCCACCAUUGUAUCUGCCGCUGACAUGAUAAUUUCUAAUUGCGAAGAUACCCUUGGCAUGUCCAUGUACACGGUUAAGCGGUCCCAGGAAUCUAGUAGGGAGUGGCUUGUUUCAUACUAUACGGCUACAUUUGAAUUCCGAUGCUCAUGCAUGAGAAUGGAAAGCAUUGGUUUAGCUUGUGCCCACAUCAUUGCUGUGUUGGUUGAUCUCAAUAUACAUAACAUUCCCAAGUCACUUGUGCUUGAAAGGUGGAGUCAAGGUGCAAAGGAUCAUUUAUGUGAAACGCCGGGGUCAUCCCCGUCGCUUUUCCGAGAUUCCGCGGUCCUUGCCAGGUAUGUUUGUAUGCUCGAAGCCUGUAGGAAAAUGUGUACACUUGCUUGUCCGCUUAUUGAUGACUUUCGCCAGACAUGGGAGAUUGUUGGAGGUCACACUCAACACUUGGAGAAUAAAAACAAUCCCUCAGUUCCAGAAGGUGUCACUGGAACUCCAUCUGCUAACGCAGGUCUAACGACUCACCGGCGCAGGGGUCGUCCCCGUGGACCGUCAACUUCUCGAUUGAGGGCAAAGCGACCCUUGAAGUGUAGCGAAUGCAAAGUGAUUGGCCACAAUCGCUUAACUUGCCCAUUGGUUAAAGGAACGUCGACCGAUGGAUCCUCCAUGGGAGGGGAUCAUGAAUUUGAUGACUUUGAAGCCUACUAG